GAGGAAGAGUCUAGCGUCUGCGAUAUUUUUAUGAGUCGCUGCAAAGAAAUAAAAGGAAGACACAGAUAGAAAGCUCUUGGUUUCACUUCCACAGUACACUUUCCAAAACCCUCAGACCGAAAGAUUUGGAAAUUCUUCUUCCUUCCGUUGACAGCACUUGUCUUAUUUAAAUGGCUCAGGAUACAUCUUCUGGUGCUGAUUCACCUAGGCGGAAGUCUGGUCUAUUAAGAGAUCAAGUUCAAUUGGUCAAAAGGAAGGAUUCUAAUCGUUACGAGAUAGUUCCAAUCCAAAAUUCUCUGUCAUUUGAAAAAGGUUUCUUUAUAGUGAUACGUGCAUGCCAGUUGCUGGCUCAAAACAAUGAUGGGAUAAUAUUAGUAGGAGUAGCAGGUCCCUCUGGGGCUGGGAAGACUGUGUUUACUGAGAAGGUGCUCAACUUUAUGCCCAGCAUUGCUGUCAUUUCCAUGGACAACUACAAUGAUUCCAGCCGUAUCAUUGAUGGCAACUUUGAUGACCCACGCUUGACAGAUUAUGGCACAUUGCUUGAGAAUAUCCAUGGUUUAAAAGCAGGGAAGCCCGUUCAAGUUCCUAUUUACGAUUUUAAAUCUAGCUCUCGCAUAGGUUACAGGACAGUUGAUGUUCCCAGUUCCCGCAUUGUCAUUAUUGAAGGCACAUAUGCCUUGAGUGAAAGAUUGCGCCCUUUGCUAGAUCUUCGAGUAUCUGUUACUGGUGGAGUACACUUUGACCUUGUCAAAAGGGUUUUACGGGACAUUCAACGUGCUGGCCAAGAGCCUGAAGAAAUAAUCCAUCAAAUCUCUGAAACGGUAUAUCCUAUGUACAAGGCUUUUAUUGAGCCAGAUCUACAAACAGCACAUAUAAAAAUCAUCAACAAGUUCAAUCCAUUCACUGGAUUUCAGAACCCCACUUAUAUUUUGAAGUCAACGAGGGAUCUUUCAGUGGAUCAAAUCAAAGCUGUUCUUUCUGAAGAACGCACUGAAACUACAGAGGAAACUUAUGAUAUAUAUCUUCUACCGCCUGGUGAAGAUCCUGAAGCAUGCCAAUCAUAUCUGAGGAUGAGGAACAGGGAUGGCAAAUACAAUCUCAUGUUUGAGGAAUGGGUUACAGAUAGUCCGUUCAUCAUUUCACCAAGAAUAACUUUUGAAGUUAGUGUCCGCCUUCUUGGUGGCCUGAUGGCCUUGGGGUACACAAUUGCAGCUAUCCUGAAAAGAACCAGCCAUUGCUUCUUUGAUGAUAAAGUGUGUAUUAAAACUGAUUGGCUAGAACAACUUAAUCGUCGGUAUGUUCAGGUGCAAGGAAAAGACCGUUUGUAUGUUAAAAAUGUAGCAGAGCGACUGGGUUUGGAUGGUUCAUAUGUUCCUCGCACAUAUAUAGAACACAUUCAGCUGGAGAAGCUUGUGAAUGAUGUUAUGGCGUUACCAGAUGAUUUGAAGACAAAGCUCAGUAUUGAUGAUGAUUUGGCUUCAAGCCCUAAAGAAGCACUAUCCCGGGCCUCUGCAGAUAGGAGAAUGAAAUAUCUCAACCGUGAUAUACCUCAUUCAUAUUCAACACAAAGGGAUAAGAAUUUGCCUAAGCUGACCAGACUUGCAGUUAACAGUAGAAGGUUUGAUGUAAGAACCCCAGAUUCUCCUGCUACAGUUCCAAAUCAGGGAGUCAUCACUCAGCUCUCAGAACAAAUUUCCACACUGAAUGAGAGAAUGGAUGAGUUCACAUCUCGCAUUGAAGAGUUAAAUUCCAAGUUCUCUAUCAGGAAAGUUUCUGCUAGCCAACAAAACUUGGCUGUGCAGGCUGAUGCCUGCAAUGGCUCUGCUCCCACUUCUCUUUUCAUGGCUGGCUUAGGAAAUGGUUCUUUGACUGGGUCUAUACUGCCUAAUUCUUCCUCUUCUUCUCAAUUGGCUAAAGACUCCCCUCUGAUGGAUGAGAUAUUAGUUGUUGCGCGUGGGCAACGUCAGAUAAUGCAUCAAUUAGACAAUCUGAACAGUCUUCUGCAUGAGUACUGGGGAGAGAAGUCACGACAAGGAAGAACAGAUAGGGCAAACAGGAUGAUUGACAUUGAAUCCAUGGGCAUUCCAAUUAUCUUAUCCCUGGCAAUUGGUGGUUUAGGUGUCUUAUUUUUCAAAAGUUUGUCUUCCCAAAAGUGAUUCUCACACCAUAUAGUUUGUUUUACUCCAAACUAUGAAUGUGGAUAUUACACUGUCCUAGUCCUUUUUUUUCCCAUUUCUUUUUUUGGUUACCAUGAGACCCUUUUCAGCAGAGAGAUUUGUUCACUACUCUUUGAGAUUUGCAGGCAAAUGCUCCCUUUGAAGAAAGGAAUGGUCCCAAAGAACUGAUCUUUCUUUUAGUUUCGCCAUCCUUUUGAGAUUUAAAUAAGGGAUGGCAUAAAUUGUGGGUCUCUGUAAAUAAAAAUAAGGGGCUUUACCAAUAAUCUUCAUGUAUGACAUUGUUCAUGCCUAUAUGCUAAAUCUAAAUAAAAUGUUAACAGUUACUGUA